GGAAAAUGUAGUCGAUGUAAGAAAAUGUAUUAUUGUGGAAAAGAUUGUCAACAAAAAGAUUGGAUUCAACAUAAAUUUGAAUGUAAAAUUUAUAAAAAUAAUCUUGACCAACUAAAAGUGGCUGAAUAUAAAGAUGAUCUAUUUGUUCGAUUUGUAUUACGAACGUAUCUGUACUUAAUAAACAGCCCUGAAAGUUUUUACGAAAAGCGUCAAUUAUUAAACGAUGAAAAUUCAGCAAUAUGUCUUGCCAAUAUUGAUAUUGAGAAACUUGUAGAGCUUGAACAACCUCGACUGAUUCGUUUAAAACAAUUAUUCAAAGAAUUGAAUUUGCUGAAAAUAGAAUGGAAUGCCCUAAAAAUGGUUAUAUAUCAUGGUUUAUGCUACGACUAUGGUUUGGAUAUUUUCAAUUAUAAAUUACAACAUUUAGGUAUAGGCUUUUAUUUAGCCGAAUCACAAUUGAAACAUUCCGGUUCAUCAAAUGUUACUACAUUGUUCAAUGGUACUCAACUUGUAAUGCGUGCAACAAGAUCGAUCAAAUCCGGCGAACAUAUUAUC